UUAUGUUCAACAUCUGGAAACUCUACGUGCGUCAGAAACUUUAAUCAUGACCACAUGUUGCUUUGCACUCAUCGAUCCUGUGAGCUUCACAAUGCUUGUCGUAUUCGUUUUCAUCUGCCUUGUUUCUGUCAGCGCAGCUCCUUCUGAAGUGACAUCCAAAAGCAAAUGUGAAUACUUUCUGCAGAAAAUUCCUGGGAUGAAUCCGUUGGUGCUCACCGAUCAACAAGGCAAGAAAUGCCGCGGAGUUGUUGAAAUUCCACUAUGUAGGGGUUACUGUAAAACGUCCGAGAGCGGCACAUACACCUUCCCGCACCGUGUGCAAAACAGCUCCGCUUGUGCAUUGAUUGCUACUGGUGUCCAGAUUGUUCCACUUACCGACUGCGAUGAAGGAGCUGAUGAAAAAAUCAGAUCGGUUUCGCUACCAACAGGAAAUAGAUGCGGAUGCAAAAGUUUCCCCAUUGACUGAUGUACUUUUGUAUUUUUGAAAAUUUUGAAGCUUAUCCGCAUCAUACAAGUCUGCAUAAAGA